AGGCUUCAGCAGUAGCAGAAGAAGUGGGUGGAGUGUUGUGUCAGAAGCCAAGCCUUCAGUCAGGGGAGCUUUAAAGGCCUCUGUUCGUGUUGUCUCUCUAAACAUUUUUAUUGUUUUCAAAAUUUGAAUUGUAAGUGUCGAAUAAGAUCAUCAUAUGUUCAAACAUUGACGAACAGAUCAUGAUAUGUAGCUGACAGAGAACAUAACCUGCGUUGGAAAGAUAAACAUUGAGGCCAGCUCAUUCCUUCACAUCAUUUGUCUGCAGUAUUUAAGCCUCUUUUGUGUUAGAAAUGAAUACCUCAGAAAACUCCAAAGACUCUCCAUCACCUUGUGAAGAAAUGGUUGGUUCAUUUGAGACUGAGGCAAAUGACAGUGCUGAUGAGUCAGAUGACUCAGAGGAAUCGGAGCCUAAAUUGAAAUAUGUCAGAAUGAAAAACUCUCUCGUAAAUAUUUUCAACAAAUAUGAAGCUAAAUGCAUGGCUGUCCAUCCUAAAUUUGUAUGCCUUGGUAAUAAUUGGGGUAUGAUCCAUAUGCUUGAUCAUCAAGGCAAUACAGUACUCCAAGAACUACGCUUGCAUUCCACUGACGUCAACCAAAUUAGCAUUGACAGAAAUGGAGAUUUCAUUGCAAGCUGCUCUGAUGAUGGCAGAGUGUAUAUUCAAGGCCUUUAUUCAUCUGAUAACAAUCAGGCCCUCAAGAAAGAAAAUUGUAAAGUGAAAUCAGUAGCAAUUGACCCAAACUACUAUAAGCCUGGAUCUGGUCGUAGAUUUAUCACUGGUGAUGAGCAAUUAGUGCUGUACGAGAAAACUUUCCUUGUGAAACUGAAAUCAACAGUACUAUGCAAAGCGCAAGGAACAGUUCACAACAUCAAAUGGGAAGGUCAGUUUGUUGCCUGGGCAGAUAAUUUGGGUGUGUGGGUGUUUGAUAUAGAAGCCAGAAGAUCCUUGGGACUCAUCAGAUGGCCAAGAAACCCUGAGGCCCUCCCAGAAAACUAUCGGUGUAAUAUCUGCUGGAAAGAUAGCUCAACUUUUCUUGUGGGAUGGGUUGACAGUGUUCGUGUUUGUCACAUAAGAAAGAGAACGCCACAAGAAAUUGCUGCUGACAGAGACAAACCUGAGUUUAUUGUGGACUUGGUUUCAUCCUUUGAGACUGACUUUUACAUAUCAGGCAUUGGUCCCCUAGAUGACACCCUGGUCAUCUUAGGAUAUGCUAAAGAGCCAGAUGAGGAUCACAAUGCUCAACGUCCUGUAAUGUAUGUUCUUGAACCACAACCAACUGGUUUUGUUGAGUUGCGCUAUGACUCUUUAUCACUGCGAGGCUACCAACAUCUAACAUGCAAUGAUUACCACCUAGAAUGCUUGAUUGAAGAAAAUAAUUUCUUCAUAGUCAGUCCUAAAGAUGUUGUUGUUGCUACCCCAUAUGAUGCAGAUGAUCGAAUUCAAUGGCUGAUGGAACAUUGCAAAUAUGAAACUGCUAUGGAAGCUGUUGCUCAAACUGAGAAUAGACAGACUCGCCGGUAUACACUUUUGCAAGUUGGACAAGGUUACCUGAAAUACCUUUUAGAUAAUAAAGAGUUUGAAAAGGCUGGACAGUUAUGCCCAAAGAUCUUGGGCACAGAAAAGCGAUUGUGGGAAGAGGAGGUUUUUAAAUUUGCACGAAUUCAUCAGCUGCGAGCUGUGAGUCCAUACUUACCACGAGGUGAUGACCGUCUUAGUUCUACUAUCUAUGAAAUGGUCUUGUAUGAAUUUCUGAAACUUGAUGCAAAGGGAUUUUUAAAUGUUCUCAAAGAGUGGUCACCAGAUUUAUAUAAUGUAAAAGCUGUGACAGCUGCAUUAUGUGAACAUUGUAUACAAAAUGAGGCUGAUCAAGUGCUCUUGGAAGCACUUGCUAUCCUCUAUAGCCACGAUCAACAAUACGACAAAGCCCUGGCUGUGUUUUUGAAACUUAGAAAUAGUGACUUGUUUGAUUUAAUACGCAAGCACAAACUCUAUGCUGUCAUUCAUGAUAUGAUUGAAGACCUAGUUAAAUUGGAUGAGGAGCAAGCUAUAGCACUCUUUCUUGAAAAAGAUGAACCAACUGAUAAGAGAAAGUACCUGCAUGCUUCGGAUGUGAAUAAGCAAGGUCCCAAAAAGUAUCUUGUAUCUCCUGAUGUAGUUGUCGCCAAGUUAGAGAAAAGUCCAAGAUAUCAAUAUUUGUAUUUAGAUGCUUUGGAUACGAGGGAUGCUAAAGGAGCUGGUCAGAAAUAUCAUGGUCUGCUUGUGAAGUUAUAUGCUGACUAUGCCAAAAAGAAAUUGCUCCCUUUGCUUCGUCGGUCAGGCCACUAUCCUAUUCAGGAAGCUCUCAACAUUUGCAAGGAGCGCAAUUAUUAUGAUGAAACUGUUUACCUCUUAGGACGUAUCGGCAACUUUAAAGAAGCUCUCAAUCUGAUCAUGAAACAACUGGGAGACAUUGAGCAAGCCAUCAAUUUCUGCAAAGAGCACCAUGACAUGGAAUUGUGGGAAGAUCUCAUCAAUCACUCCCUUUCUAGAGCAGAUUUCAUCACAUUCCUUCUCCAGCGCAUAGGAACCUAUGUUGAUCCUCGUAUUCUAGUCCAAAGGAUAGAUUGUGGUAUGGAGAUUCCUGGUUUGAAGAAUUCUCUUGUCAAGCUCAUGAGAGACUACAGCCUACAGGUUUCAGUUCAGGAAGGGUGCAAAAAAAUUCUAUCCUCUGAUUACUUUAAUUUGCAUAACAGACUAGUGACAAUGCAGCAACGGGGAAUCCUAGUUGAUGAUGACCAACUCUGUGGUAAAUGUUCUCGUCCUAUUAUUGUCAAAGAUUCAAAUCGAGCCUGUAAUGUUGUUGUCUUCUUUUGUAAGCAUUCUUUUCAUGAAGAAUGUGCUUCGGAAUACUGCAUCAUUUGUAAUGCACAGAAAGCUCCAACAGUGCAUUGAAAAAAGAAAAGUACACCAGCGCUUUGUGAUGAUUGUGAUGAUCUGAUAAGAAGAGUUAUAAAAACUAUACUUGUAUUACUUGAUCUACUGUAUUUUAUAAAUCUCUAUCCAAUUUACCAAUAAAUAUUGUAAACAGUA